GUAUAUAAGGGGUGCCUCUCUCUCUGAGCAGAGAAGUCCCUUCAUCCCUCUCUCAAACACUCACCAACACAAGGACUCUCUUUCCUCAAGAUGACGGCGGGGUUGUGUGUGUGUGUUCUGUUGGUGGUCCUGUCCACUAGCUGUUUGGGACGACCCCAGUCCUCUCCCCCCCUCCAAGAGGGCGACCCUGCCAUGCCCCCUUCCUCUGAAGCACGUCUUGAAGCCUACGCCCACUUCCUCUCCAAGCCACGCCUCAGACAGACACGCUCCGCCCCUUUGGACAAUACCGUCCCAUAUACGGCAGAAGAAGACGAAGACUCCAGAGCCAACCUCAGUGAAUUGUUGGCUAGACUCAUCUCCUCACGGAAGGGUACUCUCCGUAAGAACUCAACAGUGAACAGCAGAGCUAGUGGUCUCAGUGCUAACCACCGGAUAAAAGACCGAGACUACAAUGGGUGGAUGGACUUCGGCCGCCGCAGUGCAGAAGAGUACGAGUACUCCUUGUAAAAAAGUAGUCACUCUCUACAAGAAAACAACAAACUCAGUCAAUGUCCCGCGAUAAGAGUAUAUUUAUUCUGUAUUUGUUUGUAAACACUACAUGAUGCAAUAUAUACAUAUGCCACAUUUUUCAGGAAAUCUUUAAAGUUCUGGUUUUCUUUCCUGGUGUUCUGUCUGUUUAUGGUUUUGGAGGGAUUUGAAUGGAAUGAAUUAAGGUCAGGUGUUAAUGGAACAAUAUAUAUGAUGUCAUGAGAUUAACUUGGAUCAAUAAAAGUUAAGAAUGAACAGUAUCUCAACAAAUGAGUUCCCGGAGACACAUGCUCACACCCACGUAAGCAUGCAUGCACAGAUAACAACUCACACAGAUAACAACUCACACAGAUAACAACUCACACAGAUAACAACUCACACAGAUACCAACUCACACAGAUACCAACUCACACAGAUACCAACUCACACAGAUACCAACUCACACAGAUACCAACUCACACAGAUACCAACUCACACAGAUACCAACUCACACAGAUACCAACUCACACAGAUAACAACUCACACAGAUACCAACUCACACAGAUACCAACUCACACAGAUACCAACUCACACAGAUACCAACUCACACAGAUACCAACUCACACAGAUAACAACUCACACAGAUAACAACUCACACAGAUAACAUAAUGCCCUCAUGGUAUCACCUUAAGACGUUAAACUAGAAAUAUAAAUAGUGAGCAGUGGCUCAUUACAAUACAUAAAGCUGGUAGAACACAGAGC